AUGGGCGCCUACCUUUCCGAACCACUGACGGUGAAGGAUUCGAGCGAUGAGGCCAACGACUACUUGGCUUGCGGUUCCAGCUCCAUGCAGGGUUGGCGAAUCAGUCAGGAGGAUGCACACAACUGCAUACUGAGUUUCGAUGAGAAAAGCGCUUUCUUCGCGGUGUACGAUGGGCACGGAGGUGCCGAGGUGGCCCGGUACUGUGCCCUGCAUCUGCCCGACUUUCUGAAAACAGUCGAAGCGUACGGACAGAAAGAAUUCGAGAAAGCGCUGAAGGAUGCGUUCCUGGGGCUGGAUGCGACGCUGCUGCGGGAGAAGGUAAUCGAGGAGCUGAAGCUCCUGUCGAACAAAACGAACGACGAGGAAGAGGCCGACGAGGAGGAAGAGGAGGAGGAAGACGACAAUGUGGAGGAUCUGUGCAAGGAAGCGGUGAUGCCACUGAACGAGGUGCUACAGAAGUAUCGCAAAGACACGAAACCGGCCGAGGGAACGAACCAGCGGGUGGUUGCACUCAAGGAGGGCAACUGUUCCAAGCCAAUAUCGCCCUAUCUGAAAGGUAAACGGCGCGCUACUACGUCUGAUGCAGGUGCGGGUUCCAGUGAGAAAAGGCCCGCUGUCGCCGUGGAAGGUGAUGCCGGUUCCGAUGCGGAAGCAGAUCCAGCAGCUGGGACAAAUGAUAGUAAGUCGGUCGUACCGAAGGAAGAGAGUACCGGCCCGGAUGCGGCCGACUCGACUGUCAGUAGCUCGAGCAACAAAACGGUGGAACGUGUGAAAGAAGCGACACCACAGCCGGAACCAUCUUCAUCGUCAUCGUCUACUGUCAAGGUUUCUCCGGGUAAAAGUGAGACGGAUGCCGGUGGGGCCAGUGCGAGCAGGACAGCCGAGCAAAGCGACGAAAUCAGCGAUACGGCUGGUAAUGUUGCUGUGAAAUCGAACAACACUGAUGAGAAGGUGGCUCCGGGUGCCAGCGCAUCUGGUAAGGAUAAUUGUGCACCCGACAGCUCGUCCUCGGAUGGAAAUAAGCUGCAGGGAAGCAAAUUGAACGGUGACGUUGGUAAGGUUGGCUCAUCCGGCGCCGUAUCAUCGUCAUCGUCGUCAUCGUCUGGCUCUGCAGGUCAGGAGAAUGGCGUUGCUGGAUCGGGUAGUUGUGACAGCGGCGGAUCGAAUAGUGUGUCUCCUGCCUCGGCGAAGGUACACAGUAGUUCCGCUGCUGCAAAGCCUUCGCCGAAGAAUGGACCGUCGGCGGCCGAUGUCUCGCUCAGCAUGGAUGACACGGACGACGACGAUGACAGUGAUUCCGAUGAAGAGUUUCCGCAUGCUGGUGAACCGGCAGACGACACUUCCUCCACGGACGAAGGCGAAGAAGACGCGUAUGGCGAGGAAGGCAGCGCCGAGGAGGAGGAAGAAGAACCAGAUGAGUAUGCCGAUUUGGGUGACUACAUCAAUGAGGAGGAUGCCGAAUUCAUGAAAGCCAUCACCGACGAACCGGGAAAGGAUAGUGGAUGUACGGCGGUGGUGGCAUUGCUCCACGGAAAGGAACUUUACGUUGCCAAUGCUGGAGAUUCCCGGUGUGUCGUUUGCCGAAAUGGGAAGGCACAGGACAUGAGCUUCGACCACAAGCCGGAAGAUACGAUUGAGUUCGAGCGGAUAGAAAAGGCGGGCGGACGUGUAACGCUUGAUGGUCGAGUGAAUGGAGGGUUGAAUCUUUCGCGAGCAAUCGGUGACCAUGGUUACAAAAUGAACAAAUCGCUCCCACCUGAAGAACAGAUGAUAUCGGCCCUACCGGAUAUUGAAAAGAUCACAAUUGGGCCGGAGGACGAUUUCAUGGUGCUGGCGUGUGAUGGCAUCUGGAACUUCCUGACCAGUGAGCAGGUCGUACAAUUUGUGCAGGAACGAAUCAACAAACCCGGCAUGAAGCUGUCAAAAAUUUGCGAAGAGCUAUUUGACCAUUGCCUAGCACCGCACACGCGAGGAGAUGGUACGGGCUGCGACAACAUGACAGCCAUAAUCGUUCAAUUUAAACCGAACUUUACCGGUGCCGCUUCCCGGAAACGUACCGCAUCGAACUCACUGACCGGAUCCGUCGGCGAGAGCGAUGCGGACGCUGUAUCGUCUGCGACGAAAAAGGUAAAAACUGAUGUGACGACUGCCAGCGGUGAUGAUGCAUCUUCGACGACCGAUGGCAGUAAUGGAGUGUCCGCUGGGAAGGAUGCAGACGCAACAGAAGAAACAGAGGCGGCCGCGGCUGUUGCUUCGAUCGCGGACGAUGCCACACCCGCUGAUGUGGCCACCUCGGAAGCCGCUUCAUCUUCGACGUGA